AUGACCACCCUUACCGACUUCGAGAUCGAGAGGCUCUUCUCCGGGGCCCCUCAGUACUUUGCCCGCUCCGAGGGCCACAACACUGGCGCCCCCAUCCCUCCGUCGCUUUCCCCUGGGACGAGGAGCUUCCCAUCCCAUGCUCGGCUUGAAAAGGGCACGAUUGGUUAUCAAGCAGCCCUCGAGCUGUCCGUGUCCGACUCUUUGCAAGAGGAGCAAUUCGGUUUCGGCAGCCUCGGUUGCAAAUCGCACAUCGUUCUUGAGCAUCGCCAGAAGCUUGUAUCGUCCAAAGAUGGCCUACGCUUCCUGCGUGAGGACUUUGUUUUGGACCAACUCAUCAAGAAUGGCAAGCGGUACAAAGACGGUCUCUUGAGCCGCGACAUGUCGAGCGAGCUGUACAACGACCUCUUCCUCCACAUUUUGCACCCGCCGAACCGCAUCAUCGACCACGGCGAUCCGUACAGCCUCGUCGUGCAGAUACAGGCUCUAAUCAAGGUUCUCGCGGCGCCCAAUGUCUGGUGCGACUUUUCCCGCCUCGAAUGGCGCAUCAGGCUAGGUCAGGUCCUUUGGGGCACCGUCGACGGCGGCGACGAAAUCGCAGACGGCUCUUCCAUCACCGACGCCGAUAGCAUCAGCGAGUGCAUCCAGGAAAGAUUUUGGCUCCUUCUUCAGGUUCUGCUCGCGUGCGAGCUGCUGAUCCGCCUAGACGCCAUCACCGCGGGCGAAGAGCUUGGCGUCGAGAGCAUCCACCCAGAGGACGUUCGCCGCUUCGAGAGAGACGCCAACGUCACUGUGAAAUGGUCGCUCAUCCUCGCUCGCGUCUGGCUCGAGAACAUUGAAGUCCUAAAGAAGGAUACUGAUUUGGCGGUGCCCAAGGACCACCACCACAACCCAAUCGGAUGGCUUGCCGCGCUGACGGAGAGGAUGACUCUCCGAAGCCACCGUCGCACAAAGAGUCACCAAGACGGCAAGAUGGCCGCUUACACGGUGAAAGGCAUGCACGGCGAAAGACAGAUUGACGGCCUUACCCAAUUCGCCCGAAAGCUGCGCUGGCCGGAUAUCGACGCCUACGAAGCGCGAAUCAUGGACCUCGCCCGGACCGUCAACAAUUCCACCCCUGUUUCGGGUACCCCGAGGACGUCGUUGGGCGAUCUGCCACGGCCCCAGACGAGCGCGUCGGCCCGGAAACACAAUGCGAAAUCUUUGCGUCUACGCCGGCGCAAGGUGCAAGCCACGCUUAAUCGCCAAGGAUGGCUGUCGAAAUCGUACAUUUCAGGCCUGGUGCUCCCCGGAGACUGCGUCAGCCACUUCCUCAUGGCUACCCUCCUCGAGAACGACAAGGGCGCGAUGCAGGCGCUCGGCCCUGUUGCCAAUCUGGCGGGCGGAUUCGUGUAUCACGGCAAGAGCUUUUGGAGCACCUCUUGCAUCGUGGGAAGGGUCCUCGCUGCCGGAAGGGGGUCGGCCGAGUGCAUGGGCUGGAUUUCCAGUGAUGUGAUCCCCAGUGGCUUCUCCGACGGUUGGUUCAACGUUGCGGUGGAUGAGAUACCUGGAGAAGCCGAAAAGACGGGUAAAAGGCCCGCUUGUGGGACAAGCAUAAUCUUCCACCUCCAGUCUUUGGACUUGAACAUUCCUACAGAUCCGCUCGAGACCACGCCCUCACCUACCGAGGAGAACGGCGAUGGAUUCCCCUUUGAUGGCGCGAACGGCGCGUCCAAGAUCGAGACAUACCCCUCGUCUAUGACGUUCUCGGCCAGCAUGGAUGGCGACAGUGCCGCUGUCGAACACACCAUUGCUCUUUCCAAAGAGGUGUACUUUGUUACUGCCCAUCCCUGCGUCCCUUCGCCCUAUGUCAAGUUUCGGCCCCACGCCCGGUCGGAUUUCAACCACCGCCAACGUCACAGGUCAUCCACUUCACAAGUUUUCACAUACACCGUCAUCCAUCUCUCCGACCUCUUCCAGCGGAGGUCGGAAACGCUAGACGCUCUUCUCAACAACACGCCGGCCGCAAGAUUGCCGAGCCUUACGCCGGCGCAGAACAAACCACCCAGCGUCCUCAUCAUUGACUGCAUCACUAACUUUCCCCGAAAUGCUCCCACGGAUCCCACUCCGACAUCCCCGCUUACCGCAGAUGCUCAUGGUGGUGGCGUCAUUAACUCCCUAGAUCCCAUUCUCACGCCAGCUUCUAGCUCAUCGGGUUCGUCGACAACCAGCUUCGGCGCGGACCUGGCAAGGAGCCACCCAGGCCGUGCGGCGCGUACAAUGUACAUGGAGACUCGGAGACGGCAAUUCGGCUCUGACCUUGAAAUUCUCGCCCGAGCUAUCUGUGCCGAGAAGGGAUGGAACGCACUCGUGAGUAGGAGGCGCAGGGGCUGUCUGGCUUGCGCUAUCCGGGAGGCCGGUGCCUUGGACUGGAAGGUCAUCAUCCGAGUCGAUUAA